AGUUAAGUUUGAAAGUUUUCGUGAAGCCAUUUGUAAUAAUUAUUCCAAAUCUCCCGAAAACGCGAGCAAAAAACGUCGUGCAACUGGCGAACGUACGUGGAAAUAACAAAACCAGCAAAAUUGAAGACUUUGCAAGAAAUCUGUGGAAGUCCGUCAAGGCUUGCAUUUGCGGCAUGCGCCAUCCCACAACCCUCAACGAAGAUGACUUAAGUCGUCUCACCGGUUCAUCAUCGUCGACAGCCUCAUGUGGCAGUGCAGCCCCAUCAGCGUCCUCCUCCACAUCAUCUUCGUCAUCAUCAUCGCCCUCUUCUAAUCCAACGCAACAGCAGCAUCAGCACCAGCACCAGGAAGAUGCAGUGCUCAGAUCAAGCCCAGAGAAGGCUGUUGCCGAAGAGAAAAGUAGACAUUUAAAUAGUUCCCAGUCGCGCUUCAACUCCACAUAUUUACCCGAAAUCAUAAAUCCACUUGAAUGGCAAAAGUCACGCAAGCGCAAGGAGCGUCUGGACAGCAGCUCUGCCUUCAGUCAGGAUCGAAAAUUGCAGCGCAGCAACAGCGAGGAGCUGCUCACUGAGGAGCAGCAAAAUCCAAAUCAGAAUCCUCCAUGCUGUCCACCUCAAAAAUCAGAGGUCAUUCGUCGCGUCUCGUCGGAGGACUUCAAGCGAACCGCUAGCUAUGCCAGCUAUUGCCAAGAGUUUGAGACGGACGCCUUGUCGGAAAAGGAGUGUCAGGGGCAGGAGAACAACUCGUCCCUGGCCAACAAUGGCAAUGCCAACCCGCCGGAGCCGACUCCAGACCAAGAUCGUUCACGCAAUGAGGCAAGUCCGGCCCGACAGCAGCGGGAAGCCAGUGACGAUAGCGAAUGCGAGCAUGAGAGACGCCGGAGCAGUGAACGCUUCUGCAAGAGCCGUCAGCCGCCAGUGCGAAAGUCUGGGAUGGCCAAGAAGUCGACAAGCGCCGGCAAGUACAUGCCUUUUAGACGGGAUGAGCAAACGGCUUAUAAAUACGAUUUGUCCGCCUUGAAGUAUGAACGCCGCGGCUUUAUUAGUAGCAAAAAGCAACAGCCCCAGCAGUGGGACACAACCUCAUCCUCAGAUCACAAUGACAACAAUCUGAUUGACUUCCAUCAGCAGCAGCAGCAACAACAACAGCAGCAGCAGCAGCAGACCAAACGUAGUUCCAGCAUAUCGCCGACACCUACAACAAGCUCCUCGGCUGGAAGUGAUGACAGCACUCCAACUUCCGCCACUCCGGCACCAAUCAGGGCAAAGCCUCCUCAGCGUCAGCAGCAGAAUCUAAAUCUCACCUCAGCCCAAGAGUCGCUUCCAUGGGAGCGUGGAGACGAGCCCGCUCCGAUUCUGAGCCGUCGCUACGCCCACUCUCGCCCCCACGUGGGUGGCAAUAUUGACGCCGCCGCCAAAUUAGCCAAGGCGAUGCCCUACUAUCCCCAGCAAAUGCCCAAACAGGCGACCAGCUCACUGCAGCUACUUGGCGAGGAUAUGGACUGCCUAGAGCCCAUGGAUGCUGUGCGGGCAUUUAGCUCGCUGGAAAAUAUGCGGACUCGCGAUGUCAUGCAACAGGUUCUCCCCGCCAUGAUGGUGGCGGCCUUUCAAACGCCAGAGGAGCGCCUAAAGGUCAUCAAUCGUCGGGUUACUGCCUUGAAGAAGAAACUCGUCCAACUCGAGGAGUCGCUGGAGCAGCGUCUGGGCUAUCGACCCUCCCAAGCGGAGCGUCUGAACGACAAGUACAUGAAGAAUGCCCUGGCCGAGUUAAGCAAAUUGCGCAAGGAACGCCACGAGCUGAAGACUGAUCCCAUUGCGAAGCUGGGCCUCAAAGUAGUCGGAGGAGGCGUCGCAGCUAAUCAGAACGUCUCCAAAGUCAAGCUGGAGCGUAUGAAGGCCACACUGGCUGAAAUUGAACAGAAUCUCAAUGAGAAACGCGUGGCCAGCCAACGUUCAGAGGUGCUGGAGGAAUUGUCACCAGAUCAGUUGGUACAGGAGAAGACUGCCGUUCAACAUGGCCUCCUGUAUUUCGAGAGCCUGUAUGGCCAUCCCAUUACCAAAGACGAGCGGGAUGCUGCCCGUUCUUUAUACGAUCGGUAUCGCCAGCUCAAGCGUCUGGUUUCGCGUACUGUCAUGUUUGGGGCCGGACCCGGAGCCCCCGAAUUGCCAACCAUUUUGGAACAUGAGGCUAUGGUUUUUGAAGCCACAUCCACACCACUACAGUAUUCAUCUAACAACAGCACCGAGACCACCAACUCGCCGAGCGACUCCUUGGCGCCAAAUACCCUAACUCAGAAUGCUUCCUCCGAUGAGUCGACAACAACAACCACAAAUACAGCUCCGGAGCCGGUGGAGGCCAACGAGAAUAUUGCUGCCCUAAGCCUCGACCAGCUGUGGGAGCAGUUGGAGCGUGUGCGUGACGAGAAGACUCUGCUCAAGGCCACAAUUCGCGAAUACGAGUCCCUGUUCGAGGAGCAAAACGGCAGGAAGAUGCUCAAACAGGAUCGUAAAUCCCUGGAAACGGAAACCUACGAUCAGUACAAGGAGAAGAAGGCCAAGGUGCGUCUACUGCAGGCGCUAAUCAAAAAGCAUAUUGGUCAUUAACAUAAAUCCAUAUUAAUUAUUGACAGUGAUUGCAAAAAACAAUGCUAGUUCACAUUCAUGCUAAUUAUUUAUUUCAUACAGACAGAACUUGAACAAAAAACAAAAAAAAAAAAA